GAGAGGGGUGUGAGCGUGUGUGUGUCGGGGGUGCAGGGCUGUGGAGGGGCUGAGUUUAAAAAGGCAGACAGACAGCUCCAACAGUCACUCACUCUCCCUCCAGCAGCAGCAGCAGCAACAGCAACAGCAGCAGCAGCAGCGGCAACGGCAGCUCAGCGGCUCCCCGAUCCCUACUUUGAUUCACCGCAGCAGCCUUGGACCUGUACCGUACCUGACCCGGAACUCUUUUUUUUCCUUUUUCCCUUGCGGCAUGGAGACUACGGAAUACGUUGACAACUACGACUACUACGACGACAACGACACGCUGCUGUGCGACUUCUCGGAGUGGGAGCCCUCCUACUCCCUCAUCCCCGUGCUCUACAUGCUCAUCUUCAUCCUGGGGUUGUCGGGCAAUGGCGUGGUCAUCUUCACCGUCUGGCGGUCCAAAUCCAAGAGCCGGGCCGUCGACGUCUACAUCGGCAACCUGGCCCUGGCCGACCUGACCCUGGUGGUGACCCUGCCCCUCUGGGCCAUCUACACCGCCCUGGGCUACCACUGGCCCUUCGGCGUGGCCCUCUGCAAGAUGAGCAGCUACGUGGUGCUGGUCAACAUGUACGCCAGCGUCUUCUGCCUCACCUGCCUGAGCUUCGACCGCUACCUGGCCAUCGUGCACUCGCUGUCCAGCAGCCGGCUGCGCUCCCGAGGCACCAUGCUGGCGUCCCUGGGCGCCAUCUGGCUCCUGUCGGGGCUCCUGGCCGUGCCCACGCUCCUGUUCCGCACCACGGUGAACGACCAGAACAGCAACCGCACCACCUGCGCCAUGGACUUCAGCAUCGUGACCAUGAACCAGCGGCACGAGGACUUCUGGAUCGCCGGUCUCAGCCUGUCCUCCUCCGCCCUGGGCUUCCUCCUGCCCUUCCUGGCCAUGACCAUCUUCUACUGCUUCAUCGGCUGCACCGUCACGCGCCACUUCAACAACCUGCGCAAGGAGGACCAGAAGAAGAAGCGGCUGCUGAAGAUCAUCACCACCCUGGUGGUGGUGUUCGCCAUCUGCUGGACGCCCUUCCACGUACUGAAGAGCAUGGACUCCCUGUCCUACCUCAACCUGGCGCCCAACUCCUGCGGCUUCCUGCACUUCCUGCUGCUGGCCCACCCUUACGCCACCUGCCUGGCCUACGUCAACAGCUGCCUCAACCCGUUCCUCUACGCCUUCUUCGACCUGCGCUUCCGCUCCCAGUGCCUGUGCCUGCUCAACCUGAAGAAGGCCAUGCACGGCCAGAUGAGCUCCAUGUCAUCCACGCUCAGCGCCCAGACUGAGAAGUCGGAGAUCCAUUCUCUGGCCACGAAGGUGUAACGGAGCGCGAGGGGACUGCCGGACGGUCGCGCCACCGCCACCGCCCCCCAUACCGCCGCCACCACCUGUGGACCACUUGUUAAAAUACAGACUUUAUGUGUUCAUUGUUCAAAGGCGGUAAGAUGAGAUGCUGAACUUUGCACCGCCACCGCUCACAGUUGUGUGUGUGUGUGUGUGUGAAGCUGGAGGCAGCUGGCUGAACUCCAGAGCUGUUGUUUUUUUUUGUUUUUUUUAACCCUGUAGAGAAAGGGUAUAUUUUUUGUGAGGGUGCGGUGCGAGGGUCUUCUCUCUGGGACCAGAACUCUGACUCUGACUCUCUGAGCUGAACUGUCACA